UCUCGAUUCUAAUCUAAAAUUUGUACACAUCCGCAGCUAUUCUCCCGGUCUUGGCUUGGCCGUCAAAACCUCACUAGUUAUGCAAGCUCAACCGUCGCCGGCAAGUCGGCCCGGCGGCGCACCACCAUCUCCGCAGCUGCCAAUGGCGGCGAAGCCCUUACCACUGUACCUCCGAGUCUCCCCUCGACCAACUCCCUCCUCCAAGCACAGCCCCACUAGACUCCCUUCUCUCUACUUAUCCCCUUCUUCGUCUCCACCUAUAUCUCCGUCUAAUUAUGCUAGGGUUCCCAAGAGAACAACAGCUCUCUCCUCUUCACCCAUUUCUACGGCUUUCACUUCCCCAAAUGACGAUCCCCAAAAGGCCAAACUCGCUCAGGUUGCAAAGAGGUUAGAGAGUACUUCAAGGUACUUCAAGAGGUUGGGUAGUUUAGGGUUUUGGGGACAGCUGGUGUGCACUGUCGUGACUGCUGUGAUCCUUUCAUUUUCUGUUGUCCUUAAGGGAAAGAUCACUUCGCCUGCUACAUUUUAUGCUACUGCUGGUGGAAUCGCAGCAGCCUUCGUUUCUGUGUUUUGGUCAUUUGGUUUCAUCCGUCUGUCUGACAAGCUCCGAAGAACUGCUAAUGAGCCUUCAAAGACACUAGAUUCAGCAUUUUCAGGCUCCUCCUCGAGCAGAUGUCCUGAAAAGCUUGAAAAAGAGCAUAGUAUUGAACCUUCUUGGCAUGGGUGCUGCUGUCCUGGGUAUGCAAGCCACUGUAGGAUUGCUGGUUGCAAAAGCUUUAACUUCUUCAGUCAAUCCUUUUUACCAGGGCAUCCCACCUGGCUACAGCCCUGUUCUUGCAUUGGAUGUUUUCUUGGUGCAGGCAUCAGCAAACAUUAUCCUUUCUCAUUUCUUGGGACUUGUUUGCUCGUUGGGGCUAUUAAGGUCGGUGACUUUACCACCGUCAGAAAGCAUUCCAGUUCCGAGGAUCACAUAGCCAUGCUCAAGUUCAACUAGAUAUGAACACUAGUUUGGGAAUUUAUGGAGAAAACUCCACUCCAGCCAUAUAGUCAAAAAGAUAGUGGUUCAUAUUUUUGCACAAGAGUGUGACGAACUUGAAGCUACGCAUCUUUGUUCUCUGAUUUUUACGACCUCAUUUUCCUUGUUCAGUUCUAUACAAAUUUCAAGUGGGCGGCUCAAUCCUUUAGUGGAAUUAUUGUACCCAUAAGCGGACACAAUGGUGACCAAAUUAUAUUGUUCAUUUCCAGGGGCAAAAUAAGAAUUGAGGAUUACAUUUUUACUUGUGCUGGUUUUUUGACAAGCUUGUACUCAUAAUGAGAUGCAUUGUGGUGGUCCA